UGUUUGAAAUUCUCGGAUAAACUCGUAUAAAUUUCGGUUUUGUUAAAUGCCGAACCGAAUUUUUUUUGCAAAUUUUAUAAUUGACUCUUUUGGCAACUCCAAAUUAUACAAUUUUAAACUGAGCUUUGCUAUUUCGUGGUUCUAAAUGAUAAUUAAGUGCAGCAAAACAGUUUUUGUUUAGAAGUGAAAUUCCAGGCAGAGUUUACAUUGACGCGUUGUAAUCAGCUAAGUAAGACAACAGCAGCAACAACAACAAUAACAACACCGAAACCGACGACAGCAAGGUUCUUACUCAUUGCCCGGCUUGUACAUCCCCCCCUCCGCCUAGCCUAUGCUUUUUGCAGUGUGUCGUCUAUUGUGAAUCAUAAUUAGUGAAUCGUUUUGUUGCUACUGCUGUGAUCUCGCGCCAGUUCCUGUUUGGCACUAGCCCCAGUUCCAGCUCCAGCCGCCGCAGAAUGUCCAAACACGGUGCCGUUAUUUUGAGCAGCAUUCGCCAGAUCCUGCGCCGCUCCAAUGUGCGUCAGUUUGAAUGCUGCGGCCUGCGUCUGACGCCGGUGACCACGACUUUCGCAACGUUGCCCUUUUGGCCUGGCCAUGAGCAACAGCAGCACAGAACCUUUGGCUCGUCAACGCAUUCGGAUGAUGAUAAGGAGAACUUGCGGAAAAAGCACGACAAGCACGAAAAACCAUCACCGACAACUGUAUGGAUGAAGAGAGCCGAAGAAAUCAGACAAAAGAAAGCAAUUAAAACAACAGCCAAACCGGUUGUUGGCGAAGCGGAUGAUGGCUCAAAGAACUCUACAGACUACCAAAUGGAGGCGAUGACUUUGGCAAACAGAAUGAAUGCCUUUAGGGCCAAGCAAAGGUUUAAAGAUAAGGAAAUUAACAUAAGCAAAGAGUUAAAAAAAAGUAAAUUUCGAAUUCAACAAAUCAAAGAGCGCCUAGUGCAAUCAAAAAAUCAGUACGCGGUGCUUCAAGAGCAUGUAAACAAAGCAAAUGUGCCCGGGAAAGAUGAAAAAGAUGAGAAACAAGAAGUUAGCAAAGGUCUUAGCCCUCUCAGUGCAAUAGAAUUGAAGGAUAUCAGUCUGGAGUAUAUCAAUGGCAUGCCCCAUUUAACAGUUCGCCUGCCAAGUCGCAAUGAGCUGUGCCAGUUCGCCUUGAAGCCCAUCUCGCACACUGUUGGGCAUCUGCUGACAAUGCUCAGGGAGGAGGAUCGGGGCAUAGAUCGUGCUGCGGUUAUCAACAAGCAUGGCGUACGCAUUGCUUCCUCCUGCACCAUUGAACGAUUGCUGGACGACGAAUUCAGUAUACAAAUAAACAAUCGCAAUUUGGAUGUGAAGCCACCGGAACGCGAAAAGAUCACGACGGAGAAAAUUGACAAGAUGGACGAUGUGCGCAAGAUCAUAGCACAGCUCUACGAGGCCUUCAAUGUGGGCGAGUAUCAGCUGGAGAAGAGCAAUCAAUUGGCCAGGGAACUGGAAAACCUGCGUUACGAACUGGAGCCGCUAGAGGAGAAAAAAAUGGAGCUGGCCAAAAAAGCUGAGCGCCGAACCAAUAUGAUGACCUGGGUGGGCCUGGGUCUAAUGUCCGUGCAGUUCGGCAUACUCGCGCGCUUGACCUGGUGGGAAUACUCUUGGGAUAUUAUGGAGCCGGUGACCUACUUUGUCACCUACGGCACGACAAUGGCCAUGUACGCCUACUAUUGUGUAACCAAGCGAGAAUAUAUCAUGGAGAAUGUAUAUAAUCGCCAGUACUCGCUGAACAUUUAUAAGAAUGCCAAAAAAAUUCAGUUCGAUGUGGAACACUAUAAUCGACUAAAGCGCAGAUCUGCGGAAUUGGAGUACAAUCUGAGACGUCUCAAUGAUCCCAUUAAUAUGGGUCUGCCAGCUCAUUUGGUCCGCAGCCAGCUGGACUCACCACCUAUUGAAGAGAGCAAUGGGACAGAAAAGAGUAAAGAGAAAAGUACUUAGGAACCUCGUGGCCAGCUUCUGUUCUUCUUGACGUCGGAAAAAACAGAUCAGAGAGCAUAUGUAAGGGAUGAAGAGAAAGCUGUAGUAGCCACCUAUAAAAAAUGAAACUCAAAUCUACAUUUAAACACUCGCAAGCUCUCAAUCAAUCAACUCGUCAUUUAACCAAUGUUGUCGUACAGUGAUCGAAAUUAUAGUCAACUCCAUAUAGAUAUAUUCAGCUAUGGUUUUAUAUGUUUUGCUCUUACUUAAUUGUUCAUACGUUUGUUGAGUGUACUAUCCUUUUCUGUUAACUGAAUGUUUAGUUAGUUAUUUUUUAAUUUUUAGCAUAAGCCAAAGUUUAAAUGGGCCCAGAAAGCGCACAAAUUUCACAAAUGACGUCAUCUGCUAAAGGUGUUUGCUUGAUUUUUGUUUAGUUAUUUAUUUAAUGAGUGAUUUGUUUUUAAGCAUCAACUGUGUGCGUUGUGAAAGUUCUAGUAAAAUAUAUGAUUUAUUUAUUGAAUAUUA